UCACAGUCGUUGGCCGUACGUUAGCUGUUGUUAUACUUUUGUUUUGGUCGGCUGAAAAUGUGGCAAACACUUGAAUAUAAUUAUUAACAAAAUUAACACAAUUGAAACAUAGCAACAGUGCGGGCAACAUUCAAAUCGCAGAGCUAAACUAUAAAAAUAAAUAAAUACAAACAAUACAGAAAAACUUAAAACGUGACAAAAUGUUGAAGCUGUUUAAGAAAUCUAAAGAUAAAAUACCCAAAUCGGAGAUUAUCAGCGAACCCAAAGAACCCAAAACACCGCCAGUCUCCAAAUGUGGCAAGUCGCUGCUGCUGGACAAUUCGCGCUGGGAGCGUCGCCUGCAUAAAGAGCUUAUGUCCCUGAUCAAGGAGCCCCCACCAGGCGUGACCGUUGACACUGAAAGCGUACAACAAAAUUUAUCCGAGUGGAAAAUAAACAUAAAAGGCUUCGAGGGCACGCUUUACGAAGGCGAAGACUUCCAGCUGCUGUUCAAAUUCAACAACAAAUAUCCAUUCGAUUCCCCAGAGGUUACCUUCAUUGGUACCAACAUACCAGUGCAUCCACAUGUCUACAGCAAUGGCCACAUCUGCUUGUCCAUAUUGACCGAAGACUGGUCGCCAGCGCUGUCCGUGCAAUCUGUGUGCCUUAGCAUAGCUUCCAUGUUGAGCAGCUGUCGCGAGAAGAAGCGACCGCCAGAUAAUACGCUCUAUGUGAAAACUUGCAAUAAGAAUCCCAAAAAGACUAAAUGGUGGUACCACGAUGAUUCUGUUUAGUUAGCGUUCAAAUUUACGACUACUGCCUGCUGCUUGAGUUGCGCAUACACAAUCACACUUAAUACUGCAAUACAAAUUAAACAGAAACUAGUUGAAAUGGCAAGCGAAUCCAAACUCACACAUAUAUUACAUAUUCUAUAUAUCGAUUUGGAACUGUUCGAAAAGCCUGUUUACAAUAGUUAGGUGCAAAUUAGCUGUGACAGUUUUACGCGUUGCUCAUUUUUAAGAGCCAAACCAACAAACCCACACACACACACACACACACACAAAAACUGAGUGCACUUGAUAGUAAUUAUCAAUUAACGAAACAUUGCUGUAACGAGUUACAAUAAAUUCAACAUGAAUCAAAAGUUAGUCACCAGCCAAAGCAACAUAAGCAAUAGCUAAACAACAAGAGCAAACAAUGGCAAAUGUAUAGAAACAAAAAAAAAAA